CACGGUAUAGGUAAAAAGGAUGAAACGAUGUUGGUAGCUCGGGCAAAAUGAAUUGAAGUGUACACGAAUGCACCUUGGCAUAAGAAACUAUUGAGAACGAGAUUGAAAAGUGUUUACGAUACGAAUGUUAACUGAAAGAACAUUUGGCGUACAAUGAUACUGGAGAACACGCGAUAAUUAUGCGUCUUAAGUUUGUCAGAACGCUGUUAGUGCUCGCGCUGUUAGGUAAUAUUAUUAUAUGGCACAGAAUAUGGAGAUUGUUCGCGGCGCAGAACACAUUGAGAUUGUUGACACCGAACGUGGUGACAACCGAUCCGCCGCAGAAACUCCAUCGCCGGCUGGCUCGUCUCGUCACUGUUGUUAUAAGACAGUUCGAGAACUUCGAGAACGAUGUUGCUUCCACGGUGGAGUCUGUUUUGGACUUUUUCCCGACCAUACCAAUUUUAAUAGUAUCUAAUGAAUUGCCGUACCCUCCGUUAGAAUUGGAUUUUGCCAAUUAUAGCAUGCAAAAUGUGAAGCUGAUAAAUUUACAACCGGAUUUCAACACGUCUUACGACGAGAGAAAUCCGCUUUUCUAUGUACGUACGAAGUACGUAUUAUUUUUACCGGACGCGAGCAGACUUACCAAUAAAGAAGUCGUACAGGAGACCGUGUCGCACGCAGGAAAACUAGGUAUAGUAAUCGUACCGAUAGGAAAGGCAAAUUUGAAUUGCAUUAGCAUAGAUUUAAAAGUAAGAGAAUGGAGCCUUAAGUUCUCAAGAAUCGAGGGCAAUGUAUGCGACAGUGUAACUGGAAAACAUGCUACUAUCAUCGAGACGAGGAUAUUAAGGAAGUUAACCGAUCCUUUCUUGUUACCAUUCGCAGACGCAUUGUACAUUCAAACGACUGCAAUAAGUUCAAAGAUUCAUAUACUGACAAGUUAUCAGCUGAACGAAGGAAAGUUGUUACACACAAAUCAGCAAUCCCAGUGGAAAUUACAAGAGCUACAUCUGAAUCGUGAACGAAUAAUGUUCGAAAAGUUAGGAAUUAAGAAAGUUGUAAGGGAAUCGGAUACCAUAGAGUGGUACGGUUGUUCGAGAGAAAGCAGCAGAUGCUUUGGAUCAAUUGUAAACGGUAUACCGUCGUAUCUUUAUCAAAAGAGAUACACGCCACCUUGUUGUCUCUCAGGAUUAAGAAAAGUUGCUCAUCACGUGUUCGAUCAGUUAGAAGAGGUUGGUGUAAGAUUCUGGUUGGAGGGGGGAUCUUUACUUGGUGCUAUGAAGAACGGCGAUAUUCUGCCGUGGGAUCAUGAAGUACAAAUAGGUGUAAAUCGUGACGACCUUGAACGAUCCCCAUGGAUCAUCAAGGCCAUGAUUAAACCCACCGUCGACAACGACGGUUUCGUCUGGGAGAAAGCCACCGAGGGGGACUAUUUUAAAGUGCAGUACUCGAAGAUCAAUCAUUUGAACGUGAACAUACUUCCGUUUUACUCGAAGAACGGUUCUAUGACCAAAGCGGCAUGGUUUCUGCAUCAAAGGAAUUUCCCGGAACAGUUUCUUCAUCCGAUGUCGAGCAUUGAAUUCGCUGGUAGGCAAGUGCCGUGUCCGAACAAUAUCAGGGAUUUUUUAGAAUGGAAGUACUUUAAAGGUGUGAUAGAGAAACCAGAACUUCUCGGGAAAGUUUCGUUUUAGACUUUGUACUUGUGCAAUUAGAUAGAUUCACUUUCUAGGAAAGGGUACAUACGACUAGGAACAGAAAAUAUUUCUCAGCGAAACGUCCGAGAACUGGUCACGUUCGAUUUUGACUGACAUUUUGAAACUAGUUUCAUUUUUACAAAAGUACAGUGUUUGCCAGAAAGCGAAGUUUAAUGCCCAAAAUUUUGCAAAUGAUUGAAACAGCAGUGUAAGGCAAUGUAGUAAGGUUACAAUGGUAAACCAUUUUUCACAAAAUUUUCUAUUUUAACUGAAACUCGUCGAAACUUCUGACAGACAUUGUAUGGAAAGUAAAGAUGUCCGUAAAAUUUCAGCGAAAUCGGAUGUAACCGGUUUUCGCAAGUGCAUUUCUGUAUCAAGGUAUAAUUUAAAUUACGUAGCUGAUAACUAUUUCUAUACUUAAUCAGACUUUACAUUUUUUAUUACCGUCUUAAGCAUCUUAAAUAUCCUCUACUAAGAAUUUAGAUUAGGUCUUGCGUCGUAGAAUUUCCACUCGAGAUAUAUUAUUUUCCGACGAUUUAUAAAAGUUUUAACGAACGGUGUCGUGAAACAGGAACGAUCGUUAACUUGGAUAGAAGAGAAGGUUUUACAAAAUACAGUUAAAAAUGUAGGCGUUACGUGUUUCCUUUGCUUAGAUCGAUAAGAAAAGCUGCGGAGGAAUUUGGCUAAACGUUCGAUUAGCUUGACAUAAUUAUUUAUUUUUGAAAUAAGAACUAAUUUAUUUCGUAUUUUAUUAUCAUUAAAUUGUCGUAUAUGUGUAUUCACAAGUUCCUAAAUCGUACUUUAGAUGAUUUCGAAAUUAAUGUUUUGAAAUAUUUUGUAACUUGACAAAAAAGUUACAAGCAUAAAAUAUAUUUUCGAGUAGAACAUCGUAUUUACAAUCGACUUUGUAAAUGAAGUUUUGGGCGUUGUUAAGCCCGAUGAGUUUUUCAUUUAACUCGAUAAAAUGAAUUGAUGUGCCAAAGAUUUGAAGUGAUUUACGUUCUCUCGGAAUUAUUUUCUUUUACUUGUGUUGCGUUCUGUUGCACCAUUUGGCCGAACCUUUAGUACAAAUUACUUUCUAGAAUUUCAACAAUACUGUAUAUCGAUCGGAUUUAUUUAUUUAUUACUUUAACAUUAGCAAAUGCUGUAUCGUUCUUUUACAUUAAUUUAUUUUGUUAUUUAUUUUGAUAGUAUUUAUACAAAUCACAAAUCUUUUUCACUAACGUUACUGUGAUAUAUCAGUUCUUUUUAUAUAACACGUUUACCAAAUAUUUCAUUUAAGAACAUAUCUAAAUUGUAUAUCGAAUACUUUAAUACUUAAGAUUUUAUUAUAAAACUAUCAUAGACUAUGUAACGUUUAUUUCAAACGCAUAAAACACGUCGGUGACCAGUGCUUGCUUUGACGCACCGGAGAACAAUUAAGUCUGCUAUGAUUAUUCUGCUUUUGCAGUUUCUUUUUUUAUCUACUUUCGCAGUUUCUUUUUUUCUCUACUUUUGCAAUAUACAAAAUACUCCACGCGCGACUUUAUUACAUGUGUACAAUUCUUGUGAACUAAUUUUUGUGAGAUUUAUUGAACAAAAUGUUUUCGUUUUGCGAAGGAAAUCAGUGCUCUCAUGUGUAUGGAAUUGCAAUGAAGUUGACAUAAAUAAUGCUAUUUACAGAACGGUAUAUUAAAGUAGUUUCAUAAUCGUUAAGAUUUGCUUCUAGUCUAGGGUACACAUGUCGUAGCAAUUCUGUAUACCAACAUUCUAUUUAUAACUGAUAGUCAUAUUUUUCAUGUAUUCUAAAUUUAGUGCCAAUUCAUUUAUAAAGACAUAGGACACUAAUUCUCUGUAUUUUCUGUUAUAGCGAUUACCAAUAAAAUGUUACUGUUUAUAAAACGUAAA